AGGUAAAUUCACACUAGUCAGAAAUGGCAGCACUGAGUUUAAAUUCAGAAAAUAAACAAAUGCAAUUAUUUCAUUGUUCAAAAUGCCUAGUUCUUAUAUAUAUUUGAAACUUUUAAUUAUAUUUUUCUUUUGUAACAGUGUAAAUUGCCAAGAGAAGCCGGAAUGUCCGCAUGUUCUAAAUUUUGUUGCGCAAUAUGUAAAACUAAUUAACAUGGUUCCAAGAGAGAUUGUUCCGUUAGCGAGGUUUUGUUCAAAUGAUACUUUUACUUCGUACUACAAUCAUUCAAUUCAGGAAUACUACAACGCAGUAAAUGACCCAACAUGUCUCUUUCAUAUCCAUAAACUAAAUGUUAUAGGGGUGUUGUUUGAUGGAUUGGAAGAAAUAUGGAAUAAGGCUCAAUGUCAAGACUGUUUGGACAAUCAAAACGAUACGCUGCAAUUUUUUACUAUCUCCGAUCAAUUAGAUACUUGUAUUGAGCAAAAUAACCCACCUUGCAUUGCUUGCGCAUCUAAUUACAGCAUGGUACAGGAUUACUAUGAAACCAUGAACAAGCAACGACGAGGAAAGUUAUGUUUGGAUAUAGAAGACCAGAUGAAUCAAACUCGACAUGCCUGGAGUGCAAAAUACAAAUGUUGCAAGGAUAAACAGCGAUCUAAAAUGUUUUUCAUUGUGUUUGCUUCUAUUUUUUCAAGCAUUCCCUUGCUUUUCUAUACAAUAAUGUAUUUCAUUGCCCGCCGUAAAGAAGCCAUGGAAGAAUUAGCGAGGGUUCCUCUGCUGGAUAGCAACGAUUCUUCUCGUCUAGAUCAAAACAAUGUUUCUUCAUCAGAAGCAAACGAAAAUGAUGCAGUUAAUGAAACUACUCAGGCUUGUUCGAGCAACUCUCUUGGGACUGAAAACAAAAAUUUGGUUUUAAGAAACGAUAAACUCAACAAUCUUGAUCAUGCUCAUGUUCGUGAAGAUGAACUCAUAAAUCUUUGUGAUGAGCAACCAACUUCAAACAUUAAACUAUCUUUUGGAGAUGACGAUGACGUGAGCUUAUUAAAAAUGGAAGGUUUCACAAAAAAGUAGCACAUAACAGUUGUGAUUCAGCAGGAUAACCAAAAAUUAUCUCUUUCUUUUUUUUUAAUUAACAUGUUGCGAUUAUUCGUAAAAAGUAAUAAAAAUCGAAUACAAUUUUAAA